CCACCGGAAUCCCAUAGUAGCGCACUAGCCUUUGAAGCAGAGUAUCCCUUCCAGAACGAUCUCGAACUGCCCUUCCCUAUAACUACUCUCAAAGAACUUGGCGGCCACAAACCACACAACUACAAUCCCGAUGGACCCACAACCUACGCCUAUGCAACCUUCAUGGCGACAAGGAACCCGUCGCUCAAAGACCCAUACUUCCUCGCCAUCCAUUCACUCAUAUACCGCAUCCUCUGGUCCCCUCAAUCACAUACAGCACACUACCCUCUUGUUGUCUUCGUAGCAGACUUCGUGACAGCCGAGCAACGUGCUCUUCUCACCGGUGCCGGUGCCAUCGUACGAGAACUUGCGCCCCUAGAAUGGAAUCCCAACGUCCCCGGAGUGCAAAAGCGGUGGAAAGAUCUCUUCGCAAAGCUCAACAUGUGGAAUGAAACGGAAUUCAAGCGUAUCUUAUUCCUAGACGCCGACGCAUUUCCCCUGACAAACAUCGACGAGAUGUUCGAUUUGGUUCCGAUGCAGGAUUGCAAGGCGGAGAAGUUGGUAUUGGACGACUUCCACACUGACGGCUCGCUGGUGUGUGAGCCCUAUAUUUUUGCUGGCGUGCCUCAGGACCCGCCAGUUGAGAACAUCAAUGUGGGCAGUAUGGUGUUUACGCCUUCUGCUCGCAUGCAUCAGCGUCUCCUCCAGAACUACGUUAAAACUGAUAGAUAUAAUUGUUUGAUGGCGGAGCAAGCCUUUCUUAACUGGCAGUUUCGUCAUGAUGGGGCUUUUCCGUCGACAACGCUAGAGAGGAAAUGGGGUGGAUUCUUUCCGCAAGAUAAUGAGGAAGGGGCGCUCAAGGUUGUACACGAGAAGAUCUGGGUCGCAGAAGGGGGUUGGAUGAAACGAGAGUGGGAUGAGAGAUGGGCGGAGAUGGUAAAGUUUUACGAGAGUCAUGAGUUCAAAGAGUUGAGGGGAAGAGAUGGCGCGAAUGCUGUGAGCUCAAGCCCUUGA